AUGACCACUGCUAAUUGUCGGAGGCCUAGCAACGACAGCACCUCCCGGCUGUCGGAGCUCUCUCUUCUAUGUCGCUCACUAACCAGCCAGCAGGGCUCCCAGCGGCGUAAGAAGAGCAGGCUGUCCACAGGUGGCAGCGAGGAUCAGAAAAAAUCGAACUCGUUGCUUUCGGCGUUCCAAAUGUACUCUCCCUUCAGUUCCAAGGAGAAUCUGCAGUCCAGCGAAGAGGUUGAAGAUCUACACGUGAUUGACACACAGCCAGGUCACUCCGUGGAUGUGCCACUCUUCGCUGAAUUUAGCCCAAUAAAUCCGAUUAUGGAAGAGGAUGCCGAGGGCGUUGAAGGCGGCAAAACCAGUGAAGCCAAAGGCAUAAGUGGCUGCAGUGGGCAAAAGGUCAAAGGCGAUGGCGGCGGCGGUGGUGGGGGCAAUCGAUUGAAGAGGAACAUCAAGCACACCGGGAGCCUGAUUGUGCGCAAACUAACUGCCGGAAGGCACAAUGAUGCGGACAAGAAGGGUGCGAUUAGGAAGAAGGAUAAGGAGCAGGAGGUGGCGGACACGGAUAAGGAGAGACCAACCAGCAAGCCGGAGGGCAAGGUAGCCAUGCUGCGCACCACAACUCUCUAAUGGAAUGGAACGAGGGCGUGGCAUGAGCAAUACGUUUAAUUGUGGGGCAGUUUGUAUCUAUUGAAUGAGUGAAUAUGAAGGCAAUGCGGCGAAUCCCCUGCUGGAAUCUCAAGAAAUAAUUAAUGUUAGCAUCUCUCCGUAGAUCGAACGUAUUGAUAUAUUACUACACAUUACAAUCAAGCAGACAAACUCCUCUAUCUAUCCACACUGACAUGCAUUAGCACCCGCAUAGAUACGCACAUAUUUACAUACGUUAUUUAUUAGGAACCUAGUUAAUGGGCCAGCAAUAUAUGUCAUCGCGCAGCAUGCAAGAUGGAACAGAAGUGAAUAUAAGGGUAACAGAAACACCACUCAAUAAAACCGUAACAAUAAAUAUUAACAAGAAACCAAUCAACGCUCUAUAAACUGCAUUUAUGUGUCGAUAUCCAGUAAUCAAUUUGCUUGGCAAACAAACGAUCAAAGAACACAAACUCAUAGAUAUCCGACUCGGGUUGUUUCUUCAUUAAUUCGCACUUUCAAGAAAGUCGUCUGUGGCAGCACUUAGCGAUAGUGUCGUGGUGUGAUUAGUUCAUGAUAUCUCAUUCUACUCUAUUGAAGUGUGCCCAAUAGCAACGCCCCGAACAUCUAUUGUAAUUAUUAUACCCUUGCUCGAAUAUGUAGUUGGUACUUAUACAUGAAAUUUUUGUUAAUUUCCCUCAAUUUGAACAGUUCAUAGAACAGACAGACAGCAAAUGUAUGUAUACUAUUAUUAAGGCUUCAGGAUUACUAACAACACCACUCCGAAACAAGUAACAAUGCGAUGCAAUGAUGGCCAAUGUUACCUAGUUUCCACCAAGUUCACUUAGCCCCGAGGAAAAGACGAGCCAGUGGUUUUUAGGGCCGUUCUACAUGCAAUUGUUGAAUGUUUCUAAAACAUACCUUUGGGAGGAGCGAUCUCAAGUGAGAUGUAGAAAAGAAAAAGACGACCAUUUAUCUAAGUUGUGGAGGCUCAAAAAACAGUCUAUAUAUAUAUACCAAAACAUAUACAAAGUUGCACAUCAAGUUGUCUUCAUCAUGAUUGUGACGCAUUUCUGUAAUUCUUAACUUUCGAGAAAAGCAUGCAUCGUUUUAUAUAUUUGUUGUUAAAUGACAGCUAAUUGAAACUUAUUAAUAAUUACUAGGACUAGGCAAGAACGCGCAUGAACCCACAUACAUAGGUAUAUAAUACAUGCAUAAAUAUAUAAAGCAAGCAGCUUAUUACAUAUACACCGAGAGCUAUCCUUAGUAGAUCGCCGGACUACCUUCACUAAAGGAGACACACAUACUUCACAUAACUUCACCCCUUCUUUGUUUUUUGUUGUCAGCAAUCUGCGGUCAGUAAUAUAAAUCGACGCACCCAGAUCCACAUUGCACAAUAGCUAGAUGUAUACUUAUUUCUGAUAUUUAUUUGAUUUACAAACGGUUGAGUUAAUGUAAAACAAUGCAAAAUGAUUGAGAACACCAUUAAAUCAGAGUUAUGAUAAAGCCGAUUAUAGAAUUUACGAAUAAUCAUGUUGUAAGAAUAUCUGAUAUACAUACAUACAUAGAUGUUUUAAUUAAUAAAUAAAAAAUGGCAUAACUAUAAA